AACAGCCGAAAGAAGCGAACGCAUUGGAAACCUCUUUUCUUAUCACAUCUCGGCCCACGAAUUGACUCGCGAGAUCGUGGCGCAUCCUGGGAUUCCCUAGCCAUCUGGGGGUUCUGACCAUUGACCAUGCGACGGCGUUUAUCAGUCGUUCAGUACUACUCAGACAGCGCACGCGAUCGCAUGCCCGUUGUUGCUUCUCUGCUUUAAAUUAAAUUAAAUUGUGCUCACUCUUGUGACUGUGGUUACUUAGGUGUUGGUGCUAGUCACGACGAGGAAGAUUUUAGAAAAAAAAUGAGCUCGUUAGCAUGUGACACUCGAUUCGAUUUGCUUCCGGUGGAGCUGCUCAUCAUGAUUUUCGAUCAUCUGGAUCUGGACAGUUUGAAAAAUGCGACACAAACUUGCCGGAAUUGGCAUAAUGUCGCCUUCAGGAGCACGUAUAUAGAAAGAUUUAAGCUGGAGAUGGGAUUACCACAACUAUCGCGCUAUUUCAAGAAGGACGAGCAUGGAACACCGAUUGAAAAAAGGAAGAUUAAGAAGCUGAUAACAGAAGCGGUAGCUUGUGUCAGGAAAUCCCAGCGAUACUACGAUAGUUUGCGCUUGAACGUAUUGCCGUACAUGCUGGCGGAAUUUCAGCCCCUAUGGAGCGCUUUACAGCGAAAAGUCACGGCUAACAUCAACUCGCUGGAGCUUGAUUUGAAGCAGACUCCGGAUAAAAGUAUUGUUACUCUACUGGCCAAUACGAUAGAACUGAUGCCGAAGCUGCGAUCAUUAUCACUCUGGACGCUCUGUGGUCCACCGUCGUAUAUUGUCUUUCGCCACUCUUCGGUGCAGCAUUUGAAGCUGCAUUGCACCAAUUUCAUCGCGGUGGAUAUGCCGCAGCUGGAAUCGUUCGAAGGACCACUGUGCGCAUUGGCUCACCCUCAGCCGCUGGUGCUCACGAAAUUGAAACACGUUACGUUAACGUUUGGCCCGGACCGACUCUACGGUCCUUCCAUCAUCCAACGGUUGGCGCAAGUAGAAACGAUGAAGCUGAUAUUCCGGGUGACAGAAAGUCUGUUCCUUGCAAUAUGUGAAACGUGCACCGUGCUCAAGGAACUUAACUUUUGGCACGUGACCGUUAGUGAUCGAGCCACCACGCGACACCUUUCCCGGCUCGUCUAUCUUCGUCGACUAACGUUCCAUUCCAUUGGUAUCGAGGGAAAAUGCUCGUUUGAUUUAGACUUUGACUUAGUGGAGCUUACCCGAUUGGAGGAACUGAAUCUAGGAUACAUUGAGUUGGGUGAAACGAGCUUAAUACGUUUGCCUUUCUCGAUCAGAGCUCUAACCGUGAGCAUUAGUGUGGCGAAUGAAGUAAACGUUAUCCAGAGUCUUGUCAGCUCGGCGAGACAGUUGCAGAAGUUGCGUUUGGUUUAUGAUGGAAGCAAAACCACCGACGUCGUCGUAUACACGAUGAAGUGUCUUCAUCUUUUUGCGCUGCUAGAGGUGCUCGUGUUCGUUAAUGCAAAAAUCAGUGAACGAGUAUUCCUUGACAUGGACGGUCCGAUGUAUCGAAUGCAUUACCUGCGGUUCGAAAACUGUGACUUGGAUCGCAAUAAUCUUAACGGACUUUGCGAAAUGUUUCCCAAUGUGCCGCUGGUGGAGUUUCCGACCGUGAGCAGUUGGUUUUGGGCUGCUAAGUUUACCGAUACUGAAUGAUGGUGAGCAGAAUUCAUAGAACAAAGAAAUAUUAGCGGAGAAAAAAGAAACGCAGAAAAGUGAAAUACAAAAACGAACAAUCGAAUCGCUUAUAAUUUUGUAUGUUAUAUGUAAGACCACGAUAAAUAAUAAAUUAUCUA